GGUUCGAGUGCAGUUGAGCUUUGCGAUCCGACGUGGACAGACGUUUUUCUGCAAAGGACCCUCGCGUGUGUCGGGCCAACGGUCCUGGGAAAGUGAUUUCCUUGAUUGUGUGGCUCUGUUCUGUUGGAUAUUCUGUCAGUCAGCUUCCUCCCUGAAUUCGAAAUCAGAAAAGGGAAAAACGGAGUGAAAUUUACUGCAGUGUGGCCACCACCAUGGGAAGAAGCAGUGGCAAUCGAAGAGCAUACAGGAAUAAGAGUCCGUGACUCUAUCUGUGUGUGUGUCGGUCGGUCGGUCGGUCGACCCGUGUGCGUGUGUUUGUGCGGGUGCGUGUGAUUUCAAGUGGAUUUCCAGGAAGUUUUACGAGCAAAGGGAAAAUGUUCUGAUAAUAGUGAAGUUCGAUAGUGUUCUUCGACCGUCGACGAUGGAGAAAAUGGCACUCCUGCUCGUGUUCAAACUGGUGAAGAAAUGUCGACUAAAAGUGUCCCGCGGAAAGUUCGAACAGGUUCGUCAGGACAGCCAGGAAGGAUAAUUUCACCGCGGAGUCGCGUCAGGAUUACGUGAUACAUUCACAGUAGCCGAGCACCGAAGAAGAGAAGAAAACCGAAAAAUAGUUCCUGACGUCAGAAGAAAGAGACGUACAAACAAAAAAACGGACUGAGAAAAAUAAAAAACGGUGAAACAGUGGUUUUCGUGAAAACAAAAUUGUUCUCAUUGUUAGAAUUUUGUUUCACUGUGUGAAAGAAGAAAAGCAGCCAAAAGAAUCAGGAUAAUCAAAGCAAGCUGCGAAAAGUGAACGAAGCGAAAAGAAAAUAAAACAUUACCAAAAGCUCACCCGCGAAAUUGUCGAAUAGUGAAAAUAGUCAGAGAGCGAAUGAGCGUGAGUUCCCCCAGUUCCCCAGCGUCGUUCGUUACUAACUGUGAAUCCAUGUGUUGAUAAGUGAGAGAGAGUGAACUACACUGCAAAUUUUCUCGUCACGCAAAAAAAACGGGGGAAGCGAGAGGGAGAGAGAUCGCUCUCUCCGGUCUUCGUCGUCAGUUCAGUGCAAUGUUGUGUGAGAACAACAAGAUGGCCGCGACGACUCGCGGGGCCAAACAGCAGCAGCAGCAGCAGCAUCGGCGACCAGCAGCGGCCCCCACCUUCAACUUGUGUGAAUGGAAAACCUCCCGCGGCACGACGCCACCACCAUCAGUCGGCGGUUUUCACGGCGAUGCCGCCACCGACGGAUGCGCCCGAAAUAGUCGUAAUCGUAAUAAUCGCCAUAAUCGUAACAAAUCCGAUAAAACUCAGCUUGACGUCGAGGCGAGGCGACCGCCGGAAGUCCGUGCUCCCAGUUGCAGUUUUCGUCGUUCGGUGCUUCUGAAUGUGGCACCGGUGCGGUCGAGCGUGCCGCGGUUGGUGCUGCUGGUCGGACUGCUGUUGGCCUGUAUCGGUUCACGUUACUGUUCCGGAUUUGUGCUGGACGGUUCCCUGACCAGUUUCGCUCAGUUCCGCAAGUGGUACACCGGACUGAACGGAUCGCUGGAGCUGGAGUUCAAAACGGAACAAUCGAACGGUCUGGUUCUGUACACCGACGACGGCGGAACGUACGAUUUCUUCGAGCUCAAACUGGUCGAGGGCGCCCUGCGGCUGCGGUUCAAUCUGGGCGGUGGUGCCCAAAUCAUCACGGUCGGGCGCGAUCUACACGACGGACACUGGCAUAAGGUGCAGGUCCUCCGAAAUGAUGAGCACACCACGCUCACCGUGGACGGGGUUUCGCAGAGCCGUGCCUCACGAGGGAAGGAGUUCUUGUUCGGGAAAUUUGCCACCAACUCGGACGUGUUCGUCGGUGGCAUGCCCAACUGGUACAACUCGAAGCUUGCCCUGCUCGCACUGCCCAGUGUCAUCUUUGAGCCGCGUUUUCGCGGCUCGGUGCGCAAUCUAGUGUACUCCGACCAGCCCGGAGUGUCCCCGAGGAGACAGGAGAUGCGCCAACCGAGGGACAUCAAGUGCGGUGAUUCACCUUGCGAUUUGAAUGCCAUACCUCGGGAAAAGGUUACGAGGGACACGCACCACCAGCACAAUAACAACAGUAACAACAGAAACAGCCAACAUCAGCACCAUAAAAAACGACUGCCAAGUUUUGCACCAUCACUACUGCCAACACUGCCAACCGUUCCGUCAUUGCCGCAGUCCCGACAGGCAGCCUCAACCACUGUCCGGACUGAACGGGAUGCACAAUUAACCGGUGUUUAUCCACCGAACUACGAUCUGGCGCACAACUGCAUUCGGACGCUGCCCUCGGACAAGGGUCUUCGGAGCAACGUAACGGAUGCCUGUGAACGACACGAUCCCUGCCAGCAUGGCGGCAUCUGCAUAUCGACCGAUUCCGGACCAAUCUGCGAGUGUCGCAAUCUUGAGUUCGAGGGACCCUACUGCGAACGAGAUAAAGCCCCCUCGGAAGCGACCUUCCGGGGUACGGAGUUUCUGUCGUACGAUCUGGGCCAAACCGGCGGUGAGCCAAUCGUUAGCGCACAAGAUGCCAUCACGCUGUACUUCCGGACUCGCCAACCGAACGGAUUGCUCUUCUACACAGGUCAUGGAACCGAUUACCUGAAUCUGGCUCUACGUGACGGUGGCGUGUCUCUCACGAUGGGACUAUCGAACGGCAAACAGGAGAUGCACAUCAAACCGGCCCGGGUUCGCUUCGAUGACCACCAGUGGCACAAGGUGACGGUUCACCGGCGGAUACAGGAGAUUUCAUCGAUUACCAGCUUUUGCCGGCUGGUAGCCGUGGUGGACGAUGUCUACACUGACCACUCGCACAUCGCCGGAAAGUUUACGAUGCUAUCGUCGUCACGCGUUUACGUGGGUGGUGCCGUAAAUCCGCGAGCACUGCUCGGAGCCCGUGUUCACAACAACUUUGUCGGUUGCCUCCGCAAGGUGGAAUUCUCAGCCGACACUCUACGCUUGAAUCUGAUUGAUUUGGCCCGGACCGGUUCCAAACUGAUCCAGGUAGCGGGCCGUGUCGACUAUCAGUGCCCCAGCGGAGAUCCGCAGGAUCCGGUUACCUUCACCACGCGGGAAUCCUAUCUGCUGCUGCCACCGUGGGACGUCUCGAAGCAGGGCAUGUUAUCUUUCAAAUUUCGCACAAACGAACCAAACGGAUUAAUUAUCCUAAAUACUGUGGCGCGCCAACCGAGGCCGGAUUUCUUUGCGGUCGAACUGCUCAACGGUCACAUCUACAUUCACAUGGAUCUGGGAUCGGGUGCGGUCAAGGUACGAGCAUCCCGACGCCGUGUAGACGACGGUGUUUGGCAUGAGCUGUCACUGCGACGGAAUGGCCGCGAGGGAAAGGUGGGAGUCGACGGCCAGUGGAACGAUUUCCGAACCCCGGGAGAAUCGACCCAACUGGAGCUGGACAGCCCAAUGUAUUUGGGUGGGAUUGGGCCACCGUAUGCAGACGUCGUGAUACCACCGGCCAUCUGGACGGCAACGCUGCGACAGGGAUUCGUCGGUUGUCUGCGGGAUCUGGUGCUGUCAGGGAAACCGGUCGACAUAGCCGCCUUCGCCAGACAGCAGGAUUCCGGAGCAAUUAAACCGUCCUGUCACGUCGUGGCCAAUCAGUGUGGAGGAUCAGUUUCACCCUGUCAAAACGGAGGCCAAUGUACGGAGGGUUGGAACCGGCCACUGUGUGAUUGUUCGGCGACUCUCUUCACCGGACCGACGUGUGGUCGCGAAUCGGCAACGCUCGCAUUCAACGGAACGCAACACAUGGCCGUCUGGAUCGGAGGCACUCAAGGAACUCGCACACAAACGGAAGAGUUGGUUAUACGGUUCAAAACAUCCAGGCCUGCAGGUUUACUGUUGCUCACCAGUGCCGAGUCCAGUUCAUCGGAUCGACUCGAGAUAGGAUUGGUGGCCGGCCGGAUUCGGGCUAACGUAAGACUGGGCGAACGCGAGAAGAACCUACUGGCCGGUCAGGGUGUCCUCAACGAUAACAACUGGCAUACGGUGAGAUUCUCCAGGCGGGCAUCCAAUCUGCGACUGCAAGUUGACGGGGCAGCUCCCGUCAGGGGUAUGUUAUCGGAAGCAAUUCUGGGCCGGCACAGCACCCUGGAGGUGAAAUCUCUUCACCUGGGCGGUCUGUUUCACGCCGAGGAGGAAAUCCAGAUGACGGCCGCCAUGCCCAACUUCGUCGGUCAGCUGCAGGGUUUCGUUUACAACGGGCACCGCUACAUCGAUCUGGUGAAAACACUCGGGCCCGAACUGUCCGCCCUACCGACGACAACCUUCAAACUGACAGCACGUUUCGUAAACUCACCACCGGGAUCACCGUAUCUUCCGGCCACGUUCCGCUCGAAACACUCGUACGUGGGACUGCCGAUGCUGAAGGCAUACUCGUCGGUGUUCAUUGACUUCCGUUUCAAGACACUGGAACCGAACGGGCUGCUGUUCUACAACGGAGGCAAGCGGAGUGACUUUGUGGCGGUUGAACUGGUGAAUGGUCACAUCCAUUACGUGUUCGAUCUGGGCGAUGGGCCCAUCACAAUCCGGGACAAAGCUCGCAUCCAUAUGAACGAUAAUCGGUGGCAUUCGGUUAGCAUACGACGACCGGGACCGAAAACGCACACACUGGCCGUGGAUGAGUCGAUUGAGAUCUACACCGCUAACGGGAACAAUAUGAAUCUGGAAUUGGAAGGGAUCCUGUAUGUGGGGGGUGUUUUCAAGGAUAUGUACACGCGCUUACCGUCCAGUAUUGCGUCACGUUCCGGCUUCGAAGGGUGUAUGUCUUCGGUGGAUUUGACUGAUUCGUCACCCAGCCUGACAGAGGAUGCGGUGGUUCCAAGCUCGCUGGUAGUUUCCGGCUGCGAGGGGCCCACCAAAUGUAGUCAAAAUGCUUGCGCCAAUCGGGGCAUUUGUGUGCAACAGUGGAAUGCGUAUGCUUGCGAGUGCGACAUGACUUCCUUCACCGGUCCGACCUGUUACGAUGAGUCCAUAUCCUACGAGUUCGGAAACAACAAGGGAUUGAUUCAGUACACGUUUCCACCGGGACGACAACCGGAUACGGAAGAGGAUAACGUUGCACUAGGAUUUGUAACGACGAAAUCCGAUGCCGUGCUGUUACGAAUCGAAAGUUCCACGACGCAGGACUACAUCGAAAUGGAAAUAGUCGAAGGCAAUGUGUUUAUAGUUUACAACAUCGGUUCGCACGACCUACCGCUGGGAGAAAUUGGCGUAAAAGUGAAUGACAACAACUACCACAUCGUGCGAUUCACCAGAACCGGUGCCAACGCAACGCUCCAGAUUGACGACUACAAUGUUCAAACCUUGUUCCCUUCGGGACACCAAUCGACGAUAUUCACGUCGAUGGCCAACAUUCAGGUCGGUGGAAAAAUUUCCCGUAACGGUCGGGCCCGCAUCGAGCGUCCGUUCAGCGGUGUCAUUGCCGGGCUCUCGGUGAACCGACUGCGCGUGCUGGACCUGGCGGCGGAACGCGAUCCCCACAUUAACGUGCGGGGCGAUGUGCAAUUGGUAACUGGCGUUUUAGAUAGAAAUGACCAAAGAAUGCAGCAGACACCGGCCAGCGGCUACCCGGGGGUGAUGGACGACCUGAUCUUCAGCGGGGCCGGAUCCGGUUGCCGGGGAGAUGACGAAGACGAAUGUACGCCCCCGUUCGAGAAUGGCAGCGGUGACGAUCUGAUCACUCCGGUUUACGUGCCACCGACUAAGCAAACUACUCCGGCCGGUGGUGGUGGUGGUGGAAGGACCGGUGGACGACGAAAGGACGAAGGUAAACUGUGCGAUGACGAAGAUUGUAUGCACGGGUCCGGUUCGGGUGAAGUCACCGAAGUGUUCACGACUUCGACGGCUAAGAGUUCAGAAUCGAGCCCGGAUGUGACGUACACGACGGUUGAUUUCGACAAGAAAACCGAAGGAACGACUACGCUACUAACUACCCAAGGCAAACCGGAAACGUAUGUGCCGAGUGAGACUACACGCGAAAUGGAUUCGACUAGCAGUGGAACAACGGGCUAUGGUAGCAGCAGUAUUGGUAGCAGUAGUAGUGGCGGCGGUAGCAGUAGUAUUGGAACUAGUUACGGAACAACGGUUUCCAUUGGUACCACCGGAACCAGUAGCGGUACGACCAGUGGAACCAGCAGCAGUCGAACUACUUACAGCACCGGUACAACGGCAGGCUCCUCGAGUACGUUCGGAUCGACGACGCAACACCAGCCACCUUCGGAUACUACAGUCAGCUAUCGGGAUCGCGAUCGUGAUCACAUCCGAGAGACCACUCUAGCUCACACACCGUCGACAACGGAAGAAGAUGAAAUUAUCGAUGUACGAAGACCGGACGACGAAGAUGACUCCGAACAGGAACACAAAAUUAAUGCUGGCCGUCGUCCACCACCGGUAAGGGUUGUGGAACCUCCAAAUCCGGAACCCGAGCCACCGUACAAUUCCCAUCAGCCGGCCUACAAUCCGACACGGUUGCCGAAGCAUAAAGGCGGACGUAUCAAUUCCGAAGCCGAAGAACGUACUGCCAUGAUCAUCGGUAUCGUGGCGGGAGCUUUGAUUGCCGUGAUCUUGGUGAUUCUGUUGGUUCUGUGGAUCAAAUCAAACGGUGACCGAUCAUACAAAACCGAACACGACAAAAGCGGUCUCUACGGGCAGGGUCCGAGUGCGGCUCUGCUGGGUGGAUCGCACACCAAUACGCAUAACUCGCAAUACAAUACGCACCAACAGCAGCAGCCACACCAUCAACAACCGCCGCAUUACAACGGAAGCGGUAUGGGUGGUGGCCAUCACAACAAUGGGGGCAGUACUAUGCCCUUGAAUGGUUCGUUGCGACACCAUCACAACGGUGGUAACGGAAUGGGUGGCGGUGGUGGUGGUGGUGGCAUGGGAAUGGGCAGUGGAGGCAGUGGUGUGGGCAGCAUGGGUUAUAACGGAAGUGAUCGGGGCAGUAUGCAGUCAUCCGGUGGAAUGGGACAACCACCGAAAACGAAAAAUCGCAACUCCAAAGACAUCAAAGAGUGGUACGUCUAGAUCGACAUCCAGUUCCCAAACAAACCAACAAACAAAAAGUCACACACAAAGUAGAGACGAAGAAGAGAAGGGUGUUCAAAAACAAAACAACAACACACGACACGAUCGCACGCAUCAGAGACGAGAUAUGUUUAUAUUUGCUGUCUCCGUGAAGACACGCGCCAGACAUGAUUGAAUUUUGGUUUUUUUUUGUUUGAUCAAAAAACUAUCAUUGAUUGAUAACUAACUGUAAUUGAUCAAUAGUGAACAUUGUGAUGAAAUGAACAGAACAGAAAAAAAAAACAAAACUAAAAAUAAGAUACAUUACCUAUCGCCGGAUUAUGGUCGCAUUCGUUAGCGCAAAAGCUGAGUUGUAAAUAGCGAAAAACCCCAAAACAAAUUAAGAACACACAAACAUUACCACACAACACACAAAUAAGUCACGCAAUGCUCGCAUAUUUGAAGUAAGAGUAAAAAGUUACGAGAAACCAAAAGAAGAGAAAAAACAAGUGCAUGAUCGGAAUGAGAGUGGGUAUGUGUGUGUGUGGAGAUAGCAAAACGGACACCAAGUGAAAAUGUGUGUAAAACCAAAACAAAACAAAAAAAAAACAAUGGUGUGGAAAUGUUUUUUCGGGGGGAGAAGAAAUCGAAAGAUUGAUUGAUUGUUAUCCAAAAAUUUUUAAGUUUUGAACCGUUAUUGAAUAUUUAGAGAAAAUGUGUAGGUGUGUUACUAAAUUAAAAAUCGAAACUUGUAUCGUCAGUUAUUUGCCUCUAACAAUUGUUGAAUGAUUACGUUUACGUUCUAUCGGUUUAAUGACUUCAAAAGAGUAACGCCAAAAUGGCCCAUUUCGCGGAAAAUUUAGCGGCGAGAAAGCUUCCCGAACUAGCGCGAACGAACGGACGGCGUUGAUAUCUGUGAAUCAGUUAAAAGCUACUGAUAUUUGUAAAUCUGUUAUGUUACCUACUGGCCGGGCAGACCCUGUCAGCUUGGAGCGAAGUCAAUCUUCAGUUCAGCAAUGCCAUUGCGCAUCGCAGUUUUGCUUCAAACAAAAGUGAUGGCAUCAGCAUUGGAGAAAAAGAAAACGAAAAGUGGACAACGAUGGAGAACGUUAUACAAAAUCAGCAAUUCUAAUAGUUCUAAAUGUUAUCUAAAGAACUAUUAAGAUUGCUGAAAUAUUGAGAUUGCUGAAAUAUUGAAAUAUUUGAGCGAUGCCAUCAUCAUCCAGCUGCUGGUCGUUCGCAUUCGAGAAAAAUACACCGAAAUGUGAGCGACGCAGAAAAAUCAAUUAUUCGGCCAAUCUAAGGGUUUCCCGAAGGACCACUAGAAUUAUUCUUCUUUGCAAUAGGCAAAUCGGAAGUAAAAAUAAUCCGUUUAGAAAAAAAUCUAAUGAAAUAAUCAGUAUAGUGAACCGUGCGGACUGCGCAUUAAACGAAUGCAAGUAGAGCCAACAUUCAGUUGCUUUGAAAUCCCACAAGUUAUGACGGUUUCAUAUAGGAAAUCUUUCCCAAUGCUUCAAAGCUAAUAUAGGCGGAACUUAAAGCAGUUAUUUUGAAGAUAUAAAAGAAAUGUGGGAACUUUGUAAUUUUUCGUCACUGUUUUGUUAGUUCUGUCAGUAAAAUUUAUCUAACAUUUUUUUCCGAUAGAUGGCACUCUAUCAUUUGUGUUGCUAAACGGUGUACGACAGUAAUGACAAGAAAAUGUUCGACCAAAUUCACCAAUUCAAUCGAUCACAGGAUGGCAAGUCGAUAGCCGAUUUCAAUUUUCUAGUUUGCGCGAUUAUAAUUUCCGCUCUUUAGAAUAGUUUCUGUUCAGUAUUUAUUUCAAUAUUCCUUUAAUUCAAGCUUUAAACAAAAACCCAAUCUCAAAAAAGUACGGGUGUGUAAUGUCACAGAUAUAACUGGAUGUCGUGAAUACGAAUAAAACUGACACAACUUCUUUACACUUUCGAAUUCGAGUUGAUAGUUGAUUGAUUGUGUGAAUUGCGACACUUUCCCCCUUUCCACUACUAAAAUUUUCAACGAUUUUAGACGUCGAUUAUCUCAUUUCGGAUUUGCAUAUUUCAUUGAAAGAAACUAUCAAGGUGCUGUACAGGAUGCAUUUCUGCCUUUUAGAAGGACCAAAUUGUGGAAUUCUCUACGAUAUUUAGCACAGUUCGGAACAUUUAUCUCGAACGAUUUUCGAAAAACCCAAGCAAAAGUAAAGAGUUUUCCGCGUUGUUUUAAAAUUUUCAGAAAACUUAAUUUUUGAGUGGUUUGUGGUUAUCUCACACUGUUCAAAAUAUUAUACUAAAUUCCUGAUCAUAUUUUUGAUGAAAUAGUGAAAGAAUUAUGUUGCUGCCAUUAAUACAAGUCGAGAUAUUCACGAUUAAGUUCUGCCCAUUCUUCCAUAUGGCUAAUUUUGAAAAGGCGCCCCAUAGUAAAGUAAGUCGUAUUCACGACAAAAAAAAAUUAGAGAGUUGUAUUCAAGACACGACCGAGCACAAUAACAUUAAAAAUGGAACGUUUCUAGGGUUUUGUUCGUAUGGGAAUGGAGAUUUAAGUAUGCAAACCGAUCCGUUGGCAAAUUAAAACAUUUUCAAGCUUACAAUAUUAAAGCUUUGGAAUCAUUUAAAUUAGGAAAAUCCAUUAACAAAUCAUCGAGGAACAAGCGCUGCAAAUUAGAUCCGAAAAAUCUAUCGCCGAUAGUUCUAAAUUGGCCUGAUAGUUACCAGAGAACCAGAAUAAAAUACUCAAUUCAAACCAGUUUCCAAUGCUAUGCAAUUUAAAUAUGAAAAUGACGUUAUCUCAUAAGUUUAAGUUAAAUGUUUCCGAAUCGAUUGGUUUUUGAAUUAUAUAAAUCCAUCAACAAAUGACUGAGUUACACACCAAAUCAUAUUUACGGAUAUCGGUAAAAUUUUACUGACUUUCAAACAGCUGAACAGUCAGUAAAAGCCCGUUUUACUGCAUGACUUGUAAAAUUCAUCUCAACAAUGAACUGUCAAAAUUUACAGCUUCAUCACUUAAUACCGAAGUUUGGUGAAUUUUGCGAAUAAAUCACAAAAAAAAAACAAAUUUUGAUUUAAAUAAUACAAUUAAUAAGAAUCAGCAUGAAAAAUAAAACUCAGAUUUUUCUAUUGGUAGUUUAGAUUUAUUGAUGGUAUUUACAUGUGAGGUGAAACUUAUUUAAGACGACGCACAAAUGAGACAUCCGGUAGAAGAUGGUUACUUUUAAUGUGCCGUACGAGCACUUCAACGUAACCCGGAACUGUUUUCCGGUAAUUAACCAGAUGAUAUACUCGUCGGAAUUUUGCGUAUCUUGCUAAAACGUUAGAAAGAUCCUUCACCUCUCCAUCCCCGAGCAAGUCUAGAAUAUUGUCCAUUAUCUGGGAAAAAUAUUUUUAAUAUUUAAAACACCGAUAAGUUCUAAUUUUCACCACUCAUAGUUUUUUUUCUAACAACAAAAUAGCGCGAUGCGACAGGCUUUUUUUUCACCGAAAGCUGUCAGUAAAAAUCACAGAAUCUUAAUUUAUUUACUACUGAAAAUCGGUGAAAUUUUUACUGAAUAAUGUAGGUGUGAUGACGUUUCAAUGUUUACAAAAUACAGCAGUGAAAAAACAACUUUUCACCAAAGUUAUCGUGUGAAUUACCGACAGCUGGUGAAUGUUUUACCGAAGUCGGUAAAAUGGAAUAAUUUUACAUUAUUGGCUUUCAAACGCAAAACUCAAAUCAACACCACGCCUGCUAUGUUUCACUUUAUGGACCAAGAAAUGUUAGCAAAUUAUCACAUAGAGCAAUUUAGGAAUCGAGUAUUAAAUGCGGAAAAAGUUACUAACAUAGUAAUUUUUCCUUAAACAAACCUACGGAAUGGGUAAAACUUUUGCAUUCAUUCAACUUUUGCAUAAAAAGUAAACCUUUAAUUUCUUCAAUACUAAACUAUAUUCAGAUAGUGAUUCUAAGUGAGGUUAUGUCGGCAAUUUUCGUAAUCAAAAUUAAAGGUUUCAACAACUACUGGGUGGAAUAAUCGACAAGACCAAUUAUUUCAGAGCGGUGUCAACAAGUAAAGUCAAUAUUAUCAAUCUGUAGGUCAUUCUGAAAGCAAAAAACUUAGAUUUUUUCUCAAGCCGAAUAUUAAAAAUAUUGGUUGAAAUUUUGAUUGAUAGAAAUCAAUGUUUUCUCCCUAAUUACAACAGAAUAUUCUUUGAUUAUUCGCAUUUCAACUACAAAUAAAUAAAAAUUCACUGGAGAAUAAAUAUUCCUAUGUAUUGUGACAGCUUCAUUCGAACACAUCAUCGUUUGAACAACAGCACCAUCGACAUGUCGAACUGUCGUUAGAAGGCCAAUGGUUUUGUAAAAAUAAAUUUUACAUAUCAAAACCGUAAAAAAAAAUACCGCGAAUCAAAAUUUGAGUUUGAUGUAUAUAAGGAUUGUAUUUCCAGAUUUCAAUGAUGGUUAAAGGCUUUUUAAAACAAGCAGUUUUCAAGGAGUUAGGAAUUAAUAUGAUCCUGACUUUCCGUUUUAAAAGCUAUUUUCAACUGGUUUACUAGAAGCUUGGUGUGUUUACUUUACUUAGUUGAUGCCAAACCCAACUCAGUUUCCACCGUAACUGCUGUCAAUCCGUUUGUUUGAAGCUAGUUCCGAAACUAGUUUCAACAUUGUUGAACUGAAAUUGAAGUCAGUUUCGGACCUGGUUUUUAUGUCAGGUUUGCUAAGAUCCCCGUUGCUACGUGCAAAAUCAACACAGUUACGUGAAACCAGACCCUGUCAGCUUGGAGCGAAGUCAAUCUUCAGUUCAGCAACGCCAUCGCACGGCAUCACAUUCAACAUAUGUCAAUUGUAUGGGUGCGCAACCCUGCUAUUUUGACGCGCACGAAUUUGACAUUUUUCUCCCCUACUUCUAUGUAUAAGAUUCGAUGCGGGCUCGUCUGGGGGCGACAUGCUCGCAAAAAAGGAUGUUGCCAAUGAUUUGUUCGGGAAAUGUGAGAGCUGGAUAUCUUGUUAAUAUGAUGUCUUUGGUGAAACUAACCUGAGUCAGUUUCAGUUUUCUCAAGCGAAAACGACAUUAGAUACACUUACCUCAACAAGCGACAGUAAGAUUUGGGCAGCACACGCAUCAAAGCAAAAUGUAUUGAGCCCUGAUAAUGGAAUGUACUCAACUUUUCUGUGAAUUGGACAUUCGCGCUUGUUUUCACUUUGUUUUCAUGUUUUCAACCUUGAUUUGCACUGUUUUGACAACUGGUCAGAAUUAACUGCAUAUCCAAAAAGUCAUGGCUUCCUAAGCACAUCAAGGAUCUACAAGAGGUGCUAAUAAUAGGUGAUUUGACAUGCAUUAGGUAAGUUUCAUGGCGGUUCCUCAAAGAAGGAAUUUAUCGAGCAUUAAAGGUUGAUUAUUUCCUAAAAUUAUUUUUCAAUAAUGACGAGAAUUUGAUUUUUUUAGUGUGGAUUUACUACUAAAACACAUGUCAACGCCAUUCGUUCGUUGCCCUCUGCGUAAAAUUCUGUUUCAGUUAUUCAGUUGACAAAAAAAUUCUAGUUAUGGGAAACCAGUAGUGAAAGAAAACCGAUGGAACCUAUUAAGAAUUGUUACGCUCUGUAUAGAAGAAAAAAACUUGUGAUGGCAUCAUGUAAGGCUAGGAGAGAAACUCACAAAACAAAAUAAGAAAAAAAACAAGACAUCUAAAAUGCAAAUUGUUCUUCUGCACAAAUUUAAAGCUAUUGAAUAAGUAAAAACCAACUGACGGAAACCGCAAAAGAACUACCACGUAUUUUUUACUAUUAUUAAGAUUUCCGAAUACUCAGAAUCUAUAUUCACAGUUAAAGUAAACAAACUCGUAAAUGUUCUCUUUCGUUUUCUGUUCUUUUGAGUUGGUUUCCUUGCUUUAGUUUCGCAUGGUUUAUCCGAUUCGAAGCCAACAUGUUUUUUGAAUGUCCUUAGGAACUAACUAUCUACCAACGAACCGCUCGCGAUAAGAUUGUCCUUUGAAUCUAUGUACGACACAAUCACUAUCACCUAAGUAAGACGUGAAAGUUUAAUUCUAACAUUUUUUGCUAUAACAAAAAUCAAGAAUAUAUGUCAACUCUAAACCGCCGGAUUUUUUUUUGUGUCGAGGUAAAAGAAAAAAACUCAAACCGUACUUACUAAUCAAAACAUAUUUGAAGGAAAAACUUUAUAACCCUCUAAAUAGCCCCUCGAAGUUUUCGCGAGGGGAUCUUCUGUCAAACGAAAGCAACCCUACCGAGAAAAAAAAGAAACGAAGCAAAACAAAAAAAAAAAAGAAUCAAAGCCCAAAAUCGAAAUUUUUAAAGCACAUUUUUGCCCUGCAGCAACCUUAAGCGCACCCCUCAACUAAGUCAAGGAUGUACACACGCACCGUUUAUACUUUAUUUUUUUGGUCUAAAUAAGAAAACCCAGAAAUAGAACAAUCAAAAAUUCAUUUCCCUGUCAGUAAGAAAUACGCAAGUGCGAAAAAUCUUUCCGCUGUUAAGCAACAUUUAUAUUCAAAGAAAAAUUUAAACAAAACGCAAGCAAACUCACAUAACCUAGCCAAAAAAAAAACUGCUUGAAAACAAACAAGUUGUAAACCGAAACAGUGAAAACAAAAACACUUACGACAGCAACAACAAAUUAAAUAAACGUUUUCUCUUUCUCUCUCUUCUUAUGAAACCCAUACAAAACUAAGAAAAGAAUCCAGCAAAUAAUUAAAAAUUUGAAGAAAAACUAUUUCAAUCAAUUCUUAUGCUCUGCUAGAAGAGAAGAUGCGAAACAAACAAACAAAAAAAAAACGAAACGAUGAACUCAAAUCAAGCAAACAAAACGGCCGAAUUUUCUUUCUCGACCAUUGGCCGAACCGAAUCGGCUGUCCACAGUUUUAUUUCACGCUUCGGUGACAGAAGCAGCAGCAAACAGCAGAUCAGAUAGACAAUUCUACCAAGCGACUUAGGAAUUAUACGAACCUUAUAAAACAAUGGAACAACAUAUCAGUUUUUAUACCACGACUACUAGGGAGAAGUUAAGGCAUGAAAGAGGUACCUCGCUCCUCGCUACAGCGCAGCACAGUGAGAUGAAUGGCAAAUCAAGGCCGAUUAGUGAGAAAUCCGCAAGAAUUCCUGUCGAACGAUGAAACAAUCAAAAAGGCUAAACAUUUUCCAACAUCACAUCAUUAUCAUCUGUCAAAAACUGUCGACCUGUGUUUUUUUGUGUUCGUGGCCAUUAGUUCUCCAGACUCCAUCCCUCUAUCCCGGCAUCCCGGUAUCAGUAUCAGUAGGACACACUCAUCCUUAGAUAGGUAAAUUGAUCAAUUUUUCCCCCGUUCCCUCCAGUCCUCGCUUACAUACCCGAUUCUAAAGGAACCCCGUGUUUCCAGCAGCAACCAAAUACAUCGAAUCGUUUGUCACAUUCCUCCUUAUUUACGGAUAGAAAAAAGCAAAACAAACACAUACCUACAUGCAUACAUACAUACAUACAUACAUACAUACAUACACAGUCAAACAAUACACACGCAGGAACACGUGAUUGCAUUGUGGUAGUAGCAGAACUAAACCAACAUUACACAAGCAAAAGCUACAUUAGAUAAGUUCUAAAUAUGCGAAUGGAAGGAUUUGACUGAGACUUUAGAAAUACUCGAAAGGCUAGAGGUGUAGCAAAUAUAGAUAAGCUUACAGUAGCGAAACAAAAUAUACCGAGACGGAGAGAGAGAGACGAUGACCCGGAAGUGGUGGAAUAGACCAUCAUAAGUUAGGAGCUUUUCUCAAUACAAUUCAAACUAUUCAAGCUAUUCUAUAAAAAAAAACCCGAAAUAAAAACAUUUGAAUUGUACAGCCUGAAGAUAUCAACCGACCGACGGUUUAACUUUCCCGGUCCGAACCGUAAUUCCCCGCACUCGAAAAGCUCCAACUGAACCAGGAAAGGGACGACAGCGCGGAAUCGAACAACUUUAGAUAAUGGACAAACAUCAUGUUAUAUAAUUUAAUAAGCUGUAGAAUUUGUAAAAAAUAGCAAAAACCAAAAGAAAACAAAUGAAAACAAUAAUUAUUGAUAACUAACUAGUGCGAUUGAUCGUCGAACGGAGAGGUCACCGCAUGUCAUGCGGAGUUGUAGUGAAGGAUGUAGGACAGAAAAGGCAGGACAAAACAAAAACCACAUCAGCUACGAUUACAUCCCCAUCGCACAUACCAUUACUAGAACGAGAAAGAGAAUAAACUAAAAAUGCUAGAAACGACGACGAAACCCUUGCGAUCUGAUCCCUCCCCCGAACCCGCAGAAAAAAAGCAGCAUCCUCGAAAUAAACAACAACAAAUACACAAACAGAAGGAAAAAAAAACAAUUGAAGCAUUCAAGGCUGGACUCUUAAAACUCUUCUACAUAAUAGCAUAUUUAUGGCCAACAGCAUAAGUAAACUCACACUAUUAGCGGAAUCGAGCAGAACAAAAAAUAAGAAAAAUGACAAACCACAAGGACUUAUUUCUUGUUAGCUGUAUAGGUUGAUGUUAUCUAAAACAAAACAAAACAAACAAACAAACAAAAAAAUAACUACACAAAAAAACAUGGAAAAUAAACGAGCAUAAACGGAAUAUUGUUUCGGUUCCUGUUUUGAUAUUGAUUUAUUUUUUCGUUGCUGUACGAUAGAGAUUAAGCGAGAAAUAAGUUGAAAAAUGACAGCAAAAAAAAAUGAAGAAAAAAUAACGGUAAUAUAAUGUUUAAGGUACUAAAGAAAAAAAUG